UGACUCGUUCGGGAGUCGAGCUCCGUUAUUGGCAGCAGCAGCAGCAGCUCCGCGCGCGGCUGGAUCUCCCAGUAGACGGCAGUUUGGGAAGAGCUGAGCAGCAGGAGAAGAGGAGCGAGCAGCGGGCUGCCUGCUUCACUCGCUCCGCCCUGUGACAGCCAGGCGAAUCAGGCGAAGCCUCCGCUUACUUUAGCUACUGGGGGGAUUAUCCCGAACACUCUGACAACUGAACGAAGCUGGCGGUCAUAGGAAGAAGUCGGGAAGAAGAAGUCUGGAAGUGUGAGGAGCCCGAGGAACUUGUUUUAGGCUGCGGGGUCAAACUGUAGUUUUUAACGGACACAAAAUGGCGAGUGAAGCGGGGGAUGCGUUAACGUUAGCUGGCUAGUCUGAAAUUGCUUUGGUGGUUGUGUGCUUGAAGGGGGGAUACCUGAAUCAGUAUGGCAGCGAAGAAGUCGGGGUAGAGAGACUGAAGAGUGAAAAAUAGUAGCUUUUCUGGAAAUAUGACUUUAAUUAUUUAAGCUAGCGUAGUUUAUAAAUAACUAGCCGUUGAGGAGUUUAGUGUAACAUUAGGUAACGUUAUAGCUAGUUACCAAAAACUCUCUGGACAGUUAGUUAAAGCUAGUUAGUUGACGAUAAACAUUUCUGGAGGAUUUUUUUCCCUCAGGAGGAGAAUGUGAUUAUUUCAAGUCGUUAGCCAGAGCCAUGGCCGGCUUUAGUGGUCAAACAAAUGCCACGUUAUUUCUUUCUGGAGGAAAAAACACCCCAACUCUUUCCGUCAGAGUUUUAAAGCCGCCCUCUCCUCCGUGUGUUUACACGGAGCUGCCCGUGGCUGCCUUUCCCCGUCUCCGCUCCAGCUUCUUCAGCUCCAGCUUCUCCAGUCCUGCUAGCUAACUAACCAUGCCCACCCGCCGGUGUUCUUCUCGGUCAACUGAAGCCGACCUAGCCGCAUCAUUCGAGGACAACAGGAUUCUGCUGCUCGCCCCCUUCCUCUCACUACCAUGGCGGUGAGGUCCAGGAGACCGUGGCUCAGCGUGGUUUUAGGGGUCGUGCUAGGUUUCACCGCCGCCUCCUGGCUCAUCGUGCCCGCCGUGUUGGAGCUUAACAGCGGCGGCGCCAAGCGAAAGUCACCGGCGUGCUCCUCCUACUCCUCCUACCACGUCGGGGCUUUGGCCGCGGGGAAAGUUUGGGAGGCCGGCGGGAGCUCCAGCACCGUGGCCGGCCGUGCUCUGCGCAGGGAGGCGGAGGAGGAGGAGGAGAGAGAGGAGGACGGAGAUAGUAAAGAGGGAGAAGGGGAGGGGACCCCCAGGACAGGCAAUGCUGGGGACCCUAGCUUGCCCAAACACUUCCUUUACGUGGGGGUCAUGACUGCUAAGAAGUACCUGGACUCCCGGGCAGUCGCCGCCUAUAAGACGUGGACUCGGAGUAUUCCCGGGAAGGUGGAGUUUUUCUCCAGUGAAGGCUCAGAUGUGGUGCCCCUGCCUUCCCCCGUGCCGGUGGUCUCUCUGACAGGGGUGGAUGAUUCAUACCCGCCUCAGAAGAAGUCCUUCAUGAUGCUCAAGUACAUGCAUGACCAUUACCUGGACAAGUACGAGUGGUUCAUGAGGGCUGAUGAUGACGUCUACAUCAGAGGUGAAAGGCUGGAACUUUUUUUGCGCUCGCUUAACAGCAGUAAGCCGCUGUACCUGGGUCAGACAGGUCUCGGCACCACAGAGGAACUGGGGAAGCUGGCUCUGGAGCCAGGGGAGAACUUCUGUAUGGGAGGCCCGGGAAUGAUCUUUAGCCGCGAGGUGCUCCGCAGGAUGGUACCCCAUAUUAGUACCUGUCUGAGGGAGAUGUACACCACCCAUGAAGACGUGGAAGUGGGCCGCUGUGUCAGACGUUUUGGGGGAACCCAGUGCGUCUGGUCUUAUGAGAUGCAGCAGCUGUUCUACGAAAACUACGAGCACAAGAAAGGUUUUAUCGAGGAGCUUCACAGCAGCAAGAUUCACAAUGCCAUCACCUUGCACCCCAACAAGCGCCCAGCUUACCAGUACCGGCUCCACAAUUACAUGCUGAGCCGGCAAAUCUCCCAGCUGCGCUACCGCACCAUCCAGCUGCAUCGCGAGAGCAUUACCAUGAGUCACCUCAGCAACACGGAGGUGCAGUGGGAGGACCAGCAGCUUGGGGCACCACCCUCCUACACCCGCUACCAGCCGACCGAACGAGGAGAUGUCCUGGAGUGGGAGUUCCUCACACGCAGGUACCUGUACUCUACUAGCGAGAAGCAGAUGCCCAGGCAGGGCAUCGGGAGAGCGCUUCACGUUGCGUUGGAGGACACGGUGCUCCAGGUGAUGGAGAUGAUCAACGAGAACUCCAAAGCCAGAGGUCGGGUUAUAGACUUUAAAGAAAUUCAGUAUGGCUACAGAAGGCUGAACCCUUUAUAUGGUGCUGAGUACAUUCUGGAUCUUCUGCUUCUCUACAAGAGGCACAAGGGGCGGAAAGUGACGGUGCCGGUUCGGAGACACGUCUACCUGCAGCAGUCCUUCAGCAGACCUCUUUUUCAGGAGGCUGAGGAGCUGGAUGUGGCUGAGUUAGUUGAGGCUAUCAAUAGUGACUCUCAGUCUUUCUCAUUUCUUGGGAAUUCGCUUAAGAUCUUUUCCCCGUUCCAGUUUCCAGAGUCUGCCAAGGAGAUGCGAGAAAAUGGUCAGAAGAAGGUUCACUUGCUUGUGCCUCUCACAGGCCGCUAUGAUACAUUUGUGCGCUUCAUGGACAACUAUGAGAAGACCUGCCUUAUUUCAAACCAGAAUGUGAAACUGAUCGUCGUACUGGUCGACAACAGCAGCAACCAAGAUAAAGAGAAGCAUUUGGAUCUGAUUAAAGAAUACCACAACAAAUAUCCCAAAGCAGAUCUCUCUGUAAUACCAAUGACGGGGGAGUUUUCUAGAGGUUUUGCCCUGGAGAUGGGUGCCUCUCAGCUUAGUAAUAGCUCUCUGCUGUUUUUCUGUGAUGUAGACUUGGUGUUUAAUAGUGAUGCACUACAGCGAUGUAGAGACAAUACCAUCGAAGGAAGUCAAGCUUAUUUUCCUAUCGUCUUCAGCCAAUACGAUCCUAAAAUUGUCUACGCCGGGAGCCACACAGAAGACAAUAGCUUUGUCUUUACCAAGAAAUCCGGAUUCUGGCGAGAUUACGGCUUCGGCAUCGCUUGCAUAUUUAAAAGUGACUUGCUAAAAGCCGGAGGAUUUGACACGUCGAUACAAGGUUGGGGAUUGGAAGAUGUAGACUUGUUCACAAAAGUUAUUAACUCUGGUCUAAAUGCGUUCCGCUCGCAAGAAACCGGAAUUGUGCAUAUUUAUCAUCCUGUCCAGUGCGACACUAAUCUAGAGCCCAAGCAAUACAAAAUGUGCCUCGGGUCCAAAGCGAGUACAUAUGCAUCUGCGAUGCAGUUAGCAGAACUGUGGCUGGAGAAGCACUUAGGCGUCGGAUACAACAGAACUUCCUCCUGACGUUCCAGCCAUCCAUCAGUGUCACUGGAGAUUACCUCAGCUCUGCAGCAGUUUGAAAUCAGCAGGAGAUGGAUCGUGUGUGUAUCUGUGUUUGUAUGGGGGUCUAAUGUUUUCUCAGAAGUGUUUAAGCUUGAACAAAGGUACUCCUUAAUUUAAAUUUUUUGGAGAAAUGUUUGGAGAAAAGUGUUUGCGCAGUUGACUUUACCACAGCGUCUUCCAAAGGACAUUCUGAGCUCCCCAAUCUGAGAUUUCAGGGCUUCUACAGUUCUAUAGUCAUUUGUUUGCUUUUUAACAGUGGCAAAGGGGAUCAUCGAUGCAAUCAUAAAAUCUGCUGAUAUACUCAGGAGCGUAUUUGUCAUCAUUGUCACUGAAUGUGUUCUAUAUGAUCAUUGUCUUUAAAGGCUGUAAGAGAAGUGCUUUUCUUCUCAUAUAAAAAAUGAACAAUGGACACAAAUGCCACCUCAAUGUGAUGAAUGAGUAAUAAAUAUAAUAAAGAUAUUUUAAUGAGGACAACAGUACUGAAAGUACCACAAAUGUGCUUUAAGGGUCUCUCUAAGAAAAAGGAAGGGGCCUGAAGAAAAACAGAUUUUUUUUAUUUAUACAAAAUAUACAAAAGUCAGAUUGUACUUUAUCUGCCGUAUUUUUAAAGUAAUUGUCAUUUUUUACUUUCUAGUUGAAGUAGCAGCAUUACAUUUAUGGUACUGGCUUUCAUCCAACAGCAUUUGCUGUUUUCUGUAUUUCAAAGAUCUGCAUACUCUGUUUUUUUCCUUUUAUGUUUGGUGCAGCUCCGCUCUGAUGAACAAAAAUCUUUUUAUUAUUUUGCUUUGUGGCUUGUUUAAGUUGUUUGUUUCCUGACAGCUAAAACAAUAAUAAAUAGGAUUAUUUAUAAUAAAAAUACUGAAAAGCAAA